CGUUCGCCGCGGGAGCGGAACCCGCGCGGGCGCUGCCCCCGGGGCACGGCCGCCGCCGCCACUGCCGCCGAGGAGGAGGAGGCGCCGCGGGCUCCCGCCCGCCCGGGCAGCGGGUUUGCGUCGCGAAGGAAGACUGCCUUUGGAUUGUGAGCCACUUGGACAUGGUGAUGCAGAUGUAGCUACAGGGUCAGGCCUGGAUGGCUGGGAUUUAAGAUUUUGCCAAGGGAAACUCAGUCAGAUUUAAACCUUCACGAUUGCUCCUAAGGAAGAGAGCGUUAAGUUUUCAGAAGGAGUUUUCAUUUGAAGAUAAAGAAGAACUUGCAAACAGCACAAAGGAUAUUGAUGCUAAUCUCUUAGCAGUACUUCCGAAAGUUUCAGAAUUAAGAAAACUGUUUGAACCAAACAACGGAGAUUUUUUGGAAAUGAAAAGAAAAGAGAGAAUAGCUAGACGCUUAGAGGGAAUUGAAAAUGAUACACAACCCAUGCUUCUACAAAACUGCCCAGGAUCAGUCACACACCGUUUACUAGAGGAAGAUACACCAAGAUAUAUGCGUGCGACUGAUCCAUACAGUCCCCACUUAGGAAGAUCAAAUGAAGAGGAGGAAACUUCAGAUUCUUCUGUAGAAAAACAACCCAGAUCAUCUAGAUACAGAUCAGAAAUCACAGGAGGUAAUACAGAGCCCUUGUAUAGUACAGGAAACAUGGAUGUCCAGGAACUAGAGUCAAAAGCAGAGAGAAUAGCUAGGUACAAGGCAGAGAGGAGACGCCAGCUGGCAGAAAAGUAUGGAUUAUCUCUUGAUUCUGAUUUGGAUUCUGACUACUCAUCCAGAUAUACGCGAGCAAGGAAAGAUCAUGACAGCGGGGAAAGAAAGGGAGUGAAAAGUGAAAGGCAAGAUGAUGAAAACAAGGACUAUGGCACCUUGUAUUUGUCCAGGACUGAGACAAAGGGGUCAAAGAGUGUAAUUUCUGAUUCCAAAGAGUACUCCAGCCACGAAGACAAAGAUGACCUCUCAAAUGAAAAGAGUGUUAGAAAAGCAGAUGAUGACAGUGCCAUUAGACGGGCUUCUGACCCUUCAGCAAACUUGGAUAGUUCUGUCUCCCUUUCACUUUCUGGACGAGAAUCUUCCUCCUAUAAUGAAGUGCCGAUAUCACCAAAGCAAACUCCCAGAGAGUCCCUUUCUUCACCAAAGCGGGCAGCCUCACCCAUCCACUUGCAGAAUGACCAGCCCUUGCACAGUAACAGCAGACAAAGAGUAAAAGUUAGAGAGAAAUUGGUGAAAGAGGAAAGUGCUCGUGGAAGCCCUGAAAUUGUCACAGACACAGUAUCUCAGAGAAAAUCCCACCCAGUGCCAGCCCACUACAUGCCUCUUCAGACAGAAACGUCUGCCUUUGAUAGGGUCAUAAAUCAGCCCGUCAGUUCCGUCCGCCAACCAAUUCAUGGCUAUAUUCAGCCUGCUGGCAUUGCUCACACAGCUCAGCUGAUGGCAGCAGAAGAACCAGCAAACAUCCCUGCUGGCAACCUCCUCCCACCAGACAGUGUUAGCCUCGUAACAAAAUCGUCAGCAGCCACCGCAUCAGAGGGUGAAAAGAAAGAAGCACCCAGUUAUGGAACAAAACCUGAUGAAGAAGGUUCCUUGGAGGGUGAUCAGGCUUCCAAAGGCAGAAGACCAAUUUUGCCAUCUGAGAUUCGCAAGCAAGGGAAGAACCAUGAGGGCCUCUUUGGAGGAGGAGAAUUAGAUACCCCUGUGGGGAGUUCCUCCUUUGCAAGCAAGCCAAAAGUUAACUCAGAAGUUCAGAGAGAGUUGGAGUGCAAUAAGAGGCAGGCCCCCGACCAGCAGCUUAAGCCCCCUGAGAACAUAGAAAGGAGUGAAGCUGUUAUGUACAUACAGAGUGGAUCUGUAUUGCAACCUGCCAAGGCAAAGGCUCCUGUUUGGAAAGUGUCAACAACAAAGCAUAAGGUCCUGACUCGCUCAAUGUCUGACUAUACUGUGACUCCUAAGCUAGAAGCUUUUAAAAGUAAGGAGAACAUGGAAGCAAAUCCACCAAACGGUGAGAUUGGCAUGGUUGACACGAAAGUCUCUGUUGCCCAGCUCCGUAAUGUCUUUCUGGAGACUGCUAAUGCCAACAAGAAAACGGAACUUGAAUCUCGGUCUGAGAUGUCAACAGCAGGUAGUACUGUGUCUGCCAAUGGUGACCGUGGGCCACGAAAGGCGAGGCGCUAUUUUACUCCUGGUGAAAAUAGAAAGACUUCUGAGAGGUUUAAAACUCAACCUAUAACAUCAGCAGAACGAAAGGAGACAGAUAGGUCAAUUUUCAGUGCAGAAAUACCAACUGCUGAAGAUGAAGAAAAAUUGGAUGACCGAGCCAAACUAAGCGUGGCUGCAAAGAGGCUGCUUUUUAGAGAAAUGGAAAAAUCAUUUGAAAUGAAAAAUAUUCCUAAACCACCUACAAGAAGCUCAGCGGUAGAGAGAAGACUGCGGCGUUUGCAGGAUAGAUCUCACACACAACCAAUUACCAGUGAGGAGGUGGUCAUUGCAGCUACUGAAACUGCCCCUGCUUCACGUUCUGUGAAUACCCACACAGUAGUGACAAGAGUACCUAGUCCCACUGUAGUUAAGAGCACUGUACAACCUACCAGCUUGCAGGCAUCAGCACACCAAAAAAUUUUAGCUAAAGAGGAGAUAAGAGCAGCCAAAGAGGCAAUGGGGCAAGAUCAGUCUGAUGAACCAGAUUCUUCCACCUUAAGUUUGGCAGAAAAGAUGGCUUUGUUUAAUAAACUGUCUCAACCAGUAUCCAGGGCCAUCUCCACAAGGAAUCGAGGAGAUUUGAGGCACAGGAGAAUGAAUGCUCGUUACCAGACUCAGCCAGUCACUCUUGGAGAAGUUGAGCAGAUGCAAUGGAAAAAAAAUAAACUGGUACAAAAUGAAAGUGGAAAAAUCGCUCCCUUGUCAGCCGCAGUUGCAACAUCAGUUUCAGCGAUGGCAUCUGCCCUUGCUCCGUUGUUUGCUGGAGACCUGCACAUGAAGCCAGCUAGUGAUGGGAGUGUGAGUGCUGCUGCUAGAGCUGAUUUGAGGUUCCACUCUUCAGCAGAAAACUUGGACUCAUCAGGAAAACGCACACAUAAGUCAGAACAGUGGCAGCCCUCGAUGGAAGCACUAGAAAGCAGAAGAUCAUCAAAGAAACAUGAAGAAGAGAGGAAGAGGUUUCUAGCACAUGAAGCUAAUGAAAUCACAAAGUACAGCUCCUUUGAGGAAGAAACGACACAUCCUGUUCCUGGAAAAACAGGAGACCGCCAUAAAGAGACAACAUACAGCUUCCUGAGGAAGGGCAGCUUGGAACUGUUUAGUUCACAAGGACUUUUUCAGCCUCUUGAACAGAAGGAAAUUGAUACUGGCAUGCAAGGUAAAUGGGAAGUCAAAGAAGGCCAGUCCUUUGAAGAAAAGAUGGAUUUUGAAAGUAUUAUGAAAAGCAAGACUUGGCAAAGAGACCAUGCUGAGCCUGCUUCUGAACUCACCAGCACAUCAGCAAUGAGGACUGUUUCACAAACUGCAGCUGCGGCAUCCUGUAGACUGCAAGAGCUCUCUGAGCAAUUGGAUGGCAAAUGUUAUAAGAAUUCCUGUGAGAUGUUUUCCACUGGAGAGAGCAAAGCACAAACAACAGAGGAUGUCCUUGAUAAUUCCAGCAAAACUAUGUCCAUUAAGGAAAGGUUGGCAUUGCUGAAGAAGAGUGGUGAAGAAGAUUGGAAGAGCAGGCUUGGCAAAAAGCAGGAGUAUGCAAAAGUGCCUGUCGGUGAUCGUAGUGCGCAGAUGCAAGAAGUUGAGCAGCUGUUAAAGAAGGAACCUGUAUAUGCUUCUACUUACUCUCCUGUUAUACCCGCUCUCCAAAAAUUUCAUCCUUUUCUACCUAUUAAUCAGGUCUGUAGUACUAGUUUGAAAGAAUCAAGCUCUCUGAUUUCUGAUGAACGUCAUCCUUGGAGAUGGAAGCAAAGAAUGGCAGAUAACCAGGAGAGUCAAAUGACCAUUGAGGAAAGGAAACACCUGAUUACAGCUCGAGAAGAAGCCUGGAAGUCCAAGGGUAAAGGAGCAGCCAAUGACUCCACACAGUUCACUGUAGCUGGCCGAAUGGUAAAAAAAGGCCUGGCUGCUCCCAGUGCUCUAACACCGGUAGCAUCCCCUUACAGUAACCGGCAGAAGUCUACAAAGCCCUUGGAAGAAAUUGAAGCCAGGCCUGAUAUGCAAUUGGAAUCAGAUAUGAAGCUUGACAAGUUGGAGUCGUUCUUGGGAAGGCUGAAUAACAAAGUUGGUGGGAUGCAAGAGACAGUGCUGACAGUUACAGGAAGAUCUGUGAAAGAGGUGAUGAAGCUGGAUGAUGAUGAAACAUUUUCCAAAUUUUAUCGCCAUGUGGAUUUCCCUUCUUCGUCAGUGCCUUUGGACCUUGAUGAGGACUUUGAUGCCAUCUUUGAUCCUUAUGCACCAAAGUUGAUAUCUUCUGUGGCAGAGCACAAACGUGCAGUUAGGCCUACCCGCAGAGUCCAGUCCUCAAGAAAUCCACUGAAAAUGCUGGCAGCAAGACAAGAUAUUCUUCAUGAAUAUACUGAACAAAGACUGAAUGUUGCCUUCAUGGAAUCAAAGAGAAUGAAAGUAGAAAAAAUGUCUACAAACUCAAAUUUCUCAGAAGUAGCACUUGCUGGCCUGGCAAGCAAAGAGAACUUCAGCAACAUUAGCCUGCGGAGUGUUAAUCUAACAGAGCAAAACUCCAACAACAGUGCUGUGCCAUACAAGAAGCUAAUGCUCCUGCAAAUUAAAGGAAGAAGACAUGUUCAAACAAGAUUAGUUGAACCUAGAGCCUCGUCACUGAACAGCGGAGACUGUUUCCUCUUGUUAACUCCACAUUUAUGUUUCUUAUGGGUAGGAGAGUUUGCAAAUGUCAUAGAAAAAGCAAAGGCUUCAGAACUUGCAACUUUAAUUCAGACAAAGAGGGAACUUGGCUGUAGAGCUUCUUAUAUACAGACUAUAGAAGAAGGAAUAAAUACCCAUACCCAUGCAGCCAAAGACUUCUGGAAACUCCUUGGUGGACAGACAAAUUACCAGUCUGCUGGAUGUCCUGAAGAAGAUGAAAUGUAUGAAGCUGCAAUAAUAGAAACUAAUUGCAUUUACCGGCUUGUAGAAGAUAAGCUUAUUCCUGAGGAUGACUACUGGGGAAAGGUGCCAAAAUGCACCCUGCUACAACAAAAAGAGGUGCUGGUGUUUGAUUUUGGCAGUGAAGUAUAUGUAUGGCAUGGAAAGGAAGUUACUUUAGCACAGAGAAAAGUGGCAUUCCAGCUGGCAAAACACUUGUGGAAUGGCACCUUUGACUACUCCAAUUGUGACAUAAAUCCUCUAGACCCAGGAGAAUGCAAUCCCCUCAUACCCAGAAAGGGACAAGGACGCCCAGACUGGGCUGUGUUUGGCAGACUCACAGAACAUAACGAGACGAUACUGUUCAAAGAAAAAUUUCUUGACUGGACAGAACUGAAGAAACUCAAUGAGAAGAAUUCUAGUGAAUCCCUUCACCAGAAGGAAGAAUCCAGAUCUGACUCUAAACCAUAUGAUGUCAUGCUAAUGGUAGCUGUGCCUCAAACAACUGUAGGCACUGUCUUGGAUGGAAUGAAUAUUGGCCGGGGCUACGGACUUGUAGAAGGAGAAGAUGGGAGGCAGUUUGAAAUCAUCACUGCGUCUGUGGAUGUCUGGCAUAUCCUGGAAUUCGACUAUAGUAGACUGCCUAAGCAAAGCAUAGGGCAAUUCCAUGAGGGAGACACAUAUGUGGUGAAGUGGAAGUACAUGGUGAGCACAACAGUUGGAAGCAGACAAAAAGGAGAGCAACAAGUAAGGGCUGUUGGAAAAGAGAAAUGUGUAUAUUUCUUUUGGCAAGGAAGGCACUCCACAGUGAGUGAGAAAGGAACAUCAGCACUGAUGACAGUGGAACUCGAUGAAGAGAGAGGAGCACAGGUACAAGUGCUUCAAGGGAAAGAACCUCCAUGCUUCCUGCAGUGCUUCCAAGGAGGGAUGAUCGUGCAUGCUGGAAGAAGGGAAGAGGAAGAAGAAAAUGCACAAAGUGACUGGAGGCUAUAUUGCGUGCGAGGAGAAGUUCCCAAUGAAGGAAACUUACUUGAAGUAGCAUGUCACUGCAGCAGCCUGCGCUCCCGGACAUCCAUGAUUGUCCUCAAUAUAAAUAAAGCUCUUAUCUACCUGUGGCAUGGCUGCAAAGCUCAAUCUCACACCAAGGAUGUAGGAAGAACAGCAGCCAAUAAAAUAAAAGAACAAUGCCCACUGGAAGCAGGGCUGCACAGCAGCAGCAAGGUGACAAUUCAUGAAUGUGAUGAAGGAUCAGAGCCUUUGGGAUUUUGGGAUGCGUUAGGAAGGAGAGAUCGAAAGGCCUAUGAUUGCAUGUUGCAAGAUCCUGGAAAGUUUAAUUUCACUCCCCGACUGUUCAGCCUCAGUAGUUCAUCAGGAGAAUUCUCAGCCACUGAGUAUGUUUACCCUUCAAGAGACCCUGCUGUCAUCAAUUCCAUGCCAUUCUUGCAAGAGGAUCUUUACACUGCCCCACAACCAGCAUUGUUCCUUGUUGACAAUCACCAUGAAGUGUACCUGUGGCAAGGCUGGUGGCCUGUGGAAAACAAAAUCACUGGAUCAGCACGAAUCAGGUGGGCUACAGACAGGAAAUGCGCCAUGGAGACGGUGCUCCAGUACUGCAAAGGAAAAAAUGUAAAGAAGCCCCCUAAAUCCUAUCUAAUUCAUGCUGGCCUAGAGCCUCUGACGUUCACUAAUAUGUUCCCAAGUUGGGAACACAGGGAAGAUAUCGCAGAGAUCACAGAAAUGGAUGCUGAUGUUUCUAAUCAGAUAAUACUUGUAGAGGAUGUGCUGGCCAAGCUGUGUAAAACCGUGUAUCCAUUAGCAGAUCUCUUAGCUAGGCCUCUGCCUGAGGGAGUUGAUCCACUGAAGCUUGAAAUUUAUCUUUCAGAUGCGGACUUUGAGGUUGCAUUGGAGAUGACAAGAGAGGAGUACAAUGCACUGCCAUCUUGGAAGCAGGUUAACCUGAAGAAGGCAAAAGGACUUUUCUAAGCUGUGUUUAUGGGAGUGAGCACUAAAGGAUGUCCGUUCUCACUUUCUAUGUCCUUUAGAAGAAUUGUACCCUAUAUUUACAGAACAAAUAGAAAUAAUCUGAAGUUAUUAGUGACUACCUAUCUGGAGGUGUGUAAUAUUAUAAAAGGCCAAGAGAACUCUUUGAAAAUGGAAUUCAAUUUUGACUCUUAAAGGCAACGUGUUUAAGCUCCGCUCUCCUAUGCACUUAAACAGUAGUUUCUUGAGCUACUGCUGCAGGUGUCCUUUGGCUAUAUACAAUACUUGCCAUUUUUGUUUUUAAAGAAGUUCUCUUUGUAAAGUGUUAUUUUGUUAGUUUGUGGAUUACAAAGAAUUUAUAUUUAUAUAAACACAUAGAACAAGUAUGUAUUUAACAAUGCAAUAUAUAUUCACUUUCAAGACUUUCAUGUCAAAACUACAGAAAAGUAGCUGGAUGGCAGUUGCUUGUACUGAAUUAGCUAUACCACCAAUAUGUAUCUCCUACGCAUUCUUAAAAGUUUCUCUUUGCAAUAGUUUAAGAAUUGUUCUCAAUGCUGCUUCAGGUGCUAAACCGAACAAAGCAUUUGUAUUUAUAGCAUGGAUUUCUUGAGAAACUAUGCGAAUCAACCUUUAUACUUUAUUAUCCAAAAAUGUAUAGUGCCUUGGUUUUUUGUGUACAGUUUAUAUACAAAAAAAAAAAAAAGAUUGGUCUGCAUUUUGAAGAUGGCUUAGAACAGUCUCCUAUGUUACUUUUAUAAUAGUAGAAAUAAAAACAUCUCAGUUUCUAAUACUUGUUGUAAACAUUAAACAUGUCUUUUGUGAUAUAAGAACCGAAAGUAAAAGCUUCUGAAUAAACUCUUAGCAAUGCUCUGACUUGUCA